GGACUGGUGGUGUAUCCCUCACAUCUGGUCAUCAAGGAGUACCCCAUGGUCAAGUCCUUGCACACCGAUCCGUUCUGAUGGAAGCAGUUGGAGGGUGUGGAGGAUGUGUUGGAGGAUGGAGUGCUGAGUCUGUUGCUGCAGUCAGUAGACAUGCUGGCUGCUGGCUGACGGAGUGUACUGUGGUCCCGUUGAUUUCACUCUCAGCAAUGACUCCAAGAAGACCAUAGCAGAGUACCAGGAUCAAAAGAUAUUGAUUGAGAUACUGGGGAGGGAUGUGAGUGCAUGGCCAAGGUGAGGCCCAGAUCUUUACAGAGGAUCUAUUUACCCAAGAACAACUUGUCAACAAUUCCUGUAGAUGUCGUCAUCAGUGAGGUCAGUGUUAGAUACCAAUUUGCUGCUCAGGUGUCUGUUGUACCUGCUGGCUGGCAUCUCCACUUUGUCUCUCCUGGUAACCAAGUCUGUAUGUGCUUGGUGGUGUAUCCUGAACAUUUGAAGAUCCAGGAGAACUCUGUCACCAAGAACCUGCAAAUGAAUGUCAUUGGGUGGCUGAUGGCAGCUCCUCAAGUGAACCCAGAGAUCACUGGGCUAAUAAAGUACAGUAUGAUGGGUGCCUUGGAGAAGCUGUGCCUUGAGUUGAAGGCUGCAGUUACCUUCAGAAAAGAGCAAAGCUGCAACAAGUCAUCCAAGUACUUUGUCAAGAAGGUUUAUGUUGAAGGCAACCUCCUGCACUGCUCUCAGGAGAACAGUGGGACUCAUGGAUGCCUCCAAGACCCACAGAGGAUUGGAAGGCAUAAAUUCAAUCUUGGAUAACUAUUGACAUUUAAAACUGGUGACUCCAAUUGUCAGAUUGUAGGUGGGAAAGUUUAAAGGGUUGAUUGAUGGGAACAUUGUUGAUCUUAAUUUUUUUUUGGUAAAGUACUGUAAAUCACAUGCAUGUGAAGUUUCAAAUGGAUGAAAUAGCAUGAAUCGUAUUGUAGUUGAAUUGUUCUUUGUAGCUGGAAAAAAAAUUAGGGUUGAUUAAUGGGGAAACUAUUGUUCAAAAUCCUUUUAUUGUAAACUAGAUCAUGUACAUAGUUGUGAAUUUUUUUUGGGAAUGAAAUAGCAUGAAUGAUAUUGUAGUUGUUUGUGUUGUACUAUGGGUAAACCACUGGAAAAAAUGUAGUAGUUGUGAACAAAAUUGGAUUAACUAAACAUCCCUGAGGUUGUAGUUGCGAAAUUUUGGUGUAAAUUAAUGUAAACAAUGAAAUAGUUACUUAAUCAUUAAAGUUUUAAUCUUAUAUUAGGAGUCAUUGGAAAUUAGCUAAAAUAAACACCCUUAUAUCAUCUUAACCCUAUAAUGACUAACCAACUUUCCUCUCAAAUCAUAGCAUAGUUUUAACACAAGUAAGCAGUGCACAGCUUUGCCAAAUGUUGUCAUAAAUCUGUGUUGGAAAUAUAGUCUUCAUCAAGCAUUAUUGUUGUGUGAGUUAUCAUUGCUGUCAUGUGUUGUUUUAAGGAGACACUGAUUUUGCAGUUUUUUUUUUUUUUUUUUUUUUUUUC